UUUAAUUAUUUUAAAUAUCUCAUCCGUGAAUUAAAGACAUUUUAAAGGUACACACAAAGUUGACACAGAAACAAAGAAAUGGGGAGAAGAGAAACUGUCAGAUUCGUAUAUAAAUGAAGUAGGCUGCGGACGUCUCCCUUUUAUAACCUCAAAAAUGCGCGAGAAGUAUAACAGUCUGAUGGCGAAGUGAGCUUAUUUUAUUAUUUAAUUGGUGUUAAAGUGAACGGAUUACCAUCAUGCCGUCUAAGAAGAGGAAAUACAAUGCAAGGUUUCCAGCGGGAAGGAUCAAGAAGAUUAUGCAGACUGAUGAGGAAGUGGGGAAAGUGGCACAAGCUGUUCCUAUCAUAAUCUCUCGAACACUGGAGCUAUUCGUGGAGUCUCUCCUCACGAAGGCCAAGCAAGUGACGAUGGCGCGAAACGCAAAGACCCUCAGUCCAUCACAUGUAAAGCAAUGCAUACUGCAGGAGUCUAGGUUCGACUUCCUCAAAGACCUGGUUAAGAAUAUCCCUGACGUAUCCGCGGCCGAGGAGAAGGAAAUGAUUAGUGCGGAAAGUUCGCCUAAUUCAUCCAGGUUCUCAGACACAUCAGUACCGCCUCGCAGGAUAGCACGGGAAGACUCGAACAGCUCCAGUAGUUCCGACGUUAAAAUGGUUCACCCCCUCCCCCCGGACGCGCGCACUCUCCCCGCGGAAUCAGAAUUACCACAUAGGACCUCAACCAUGGUCUCCUCUGACCUAGCUAUAGACCUAACUAAGAAAGACCAAAAACCACGUCCCAAUUUCUACCAAGAGACAUUAACGGACGAAAUCCAACACAAAAGCGUCAUUACCAUCAACCCCACCUACAGUCCGCAACCUUCGACCAGCUACACGAACAUGACCUUAGUCGAGCCUAAAAUCGAAGUGCCAAAUGAGAUAAUAUUCGUAGAACAAUAUAACAAUAAUGUCGCGUUAGCACCGGCCACGCCAAUCCCACCCGUAACGCCUAUACUAAACAUAGACUUUACAAAAGAUUUCGCUAAGCCAGAAAUCAAAGUUUUAGAUUCAACUGUCGCAGGUAUUGUUGGCGUGAAAACUGAAACGCAGAAGAAAUUGCUCACGCAUCUCCAUAGGCAGAAUUCUAAAGGUAAGGACAUCAAAAAAGAUGUCAAGCCGGUAUUACAUACGCCCGUGAUGAGUAUAGACCAUUUAAAUUCGGGCGAUUUACAAAUCGACGAAGACUAUGAUACCUGAAUGUGAUUCGAGAUUAAGUUUGUUUUGUUUUUGUAAGCGGUGGGCGUUAUCCAAAUUGUUAACAUUUUGUAUGGACAAUGUUAAAAAUAGUGGGCAAACAGUACAGUACGACUAAAUUACGUGUUGCAUUUCGGUGUAAAUGACAGUGUACAGUUUGUCAAAAAAAUCAUGAAAAUAAGGACAUUAUCAAGAAGCACUACCACAGAAUAUAUUUUCUAUUCGUGAAUUUAAUGCCAGAAUGUAUUCCAGAGAUUAGUAUAAAAAAUAUCCCAUAUUUUUUGCACACGCCUCUUAUUGUUGAUUACCUAUAUUAGGUAAGCGUGCCACUGGAUUUUCAUUUUUAGAAAAUCUGCUAAUAAUGCCUUCGUAGUAAAAACGUAGUUUUAACACAUUUUUCUAUAGGUGUCGAAGCAACUCCGCCUGUUUGCCAAUUGCGUUAUUUAGGUUCCAUAGAAAUCUUCGUUAAUUUAACGUUUAACGCAUUAUGUUACUGCGUUAACAACGAGUCGCCUUCGAUUUUUAGAUUAGAGAUUGUUCUUAUGUAUAAAAAAUUAAACCAUUAGCUUAUCUAUGAACGGUUUCCCCCACAGUUAAUUAUAAGUCUAUGGUUUUCCCUCAUUUCGUUGAUCAAAUUAGGGUUGCAGAAAUAUCGAUACUUUUACACUAUCGAUAGUUAUCGAUAGACCUUGACAAUCAUCUUAAUAUCGAUAUUCUGGGCAGAUAGGGCUAUUGAUAGCAUUAUCUGUAGUACUAUAGAUUUUUUUUUGUACAUGUUUUGUCUCAUUCCUUCAAUAAUGAACAAAAUAGAUUUUACAGAUUCUAGAACAUUGAAAAUUAAAGGUUAUGAGAAUAUAAGUAAGGUAAUAUCAAAAUAUAACAAAUUUGGAUGACGUCAACCGCUCUAUUGUUUACCAAGUAGGUAUAAUUGUCAUUAUAUUACGCUGAAUCCAUAGUCAGUCUUAUUUAAACACUAGCUUACCCUAUCAAUGAGUGUUUAAGUUGUUGAAUUGUGUAUGAAUAGUUAUGUUGACAUUUUUACUUGACAUUUUUAGCUUAGAAAUAUAAAUUACUUCUCGCAUUUUGUAAAUUUGACGUACCAUUUAAAACGGAUUCAUAAAAAAAUUCAUUCCACUAAUUGAACAGCAUAAUCCGAAUAAUUUAAAAUGCCCGUUCUGGGUGAUCACCUAACUUCAAAGGUGUCACGUUAAUUGUUCGGUUAUAUAUUCAGUGGAUAUUUUGGCGGGGAAUUAAUUUAUUUAUGAAUAUAAAUAUGUAAAGUAUAUAAAUAUGGCACAUCGACAUUCUGUGACUUUCAGUUUGUAUGUCGUUGUCUCUGUCUCAUACUACUACUAUGUAACAGAGAUGGCGCUACACAAACCUAAUCAAUGUAAAAUAUUUAUUUUGUGUUCGUGGCUGGAUAGUCAAAAGGAUUUUUAGUAUAUGCAUUAUCAGUGCAUUAUGCAUGGAAAGGUUUUAUUAAGAAGAUAGAUGCAAUCUGAAAUCUUUAUUGCACCAUUUAAAGAAGAAGUUUAAGUAUUUUGUUAAUUUAAACAGCAAAUAAAAUUAUUCAAAAUUGACACUUAAUUUAUGAAUUGAAUAAUUCCAAUGAAGAUGCCACUAAUUUAUAUGUUGACAAGUUUAUAUUACCAGGUACUGAAAUGUAAUGCCGUUCCCACACUAUCGCGGACCAAUUCGCCGAACUUUGGCGAAUUUGGUAUACAUUGCUGAUAUGAUAGAUACAGGUCGUACGAAACGUAUGAAACUUUGUUAUGCAUACUGACAUAACUAGUUUGUGCAACUGGGAGAGUACGAAACGUUUAAUUGAGAUAAACAGCCCAGGCUUAUAACCGCGCCAUAAUCGCAGUGCGUUCGAAAACGUAUGAGCCGUUCACUCUCGAACAUAAACAGCUUACGACUGUAAGGUGACUAAAUGUAGGCACCGGGGAGCAGCGAGAGGCCUGGGGGGCUACCAUGAAACAUAAAGCACGUAGCACGUCAUUGCGAUCUCUAUUUUUUUUUUCACGAUGAGUACACGACAUGGUAAAAUGAGACGGCAUGUGGACGUUAGUAACGUGCUACGUGUUUGUUUGUUUCGUGGUAGGCCUUCUGUACGCUGUCGCUAGUACUCGUUAUUAUACUUGAGAAUAGCAUUACUGGAAAUACUUUUGACAUAUCAACCUAACCUAACAUUGAGUCAUGUUUUUCUGAUACACUUAGAUAUUAUAUGCAAUUUCCGUAUAAACCGUCCUACCUAACGAUACAGAAUACAUAUUAUUUCAGUGUCUAUUGUUUUGUAAAACGCUGUAUUUUUCUCGGGAAUCUGAUCGCAGAAGUUUGUUGAGGCUGUAAAACAGUCUUGUAAAUAUAAUUUCUCAUUCCGUGUCUUUUGUAUCACAUCACAAUUUAAAGUUCUUCGCACGAAUUUAGAGACUGAAUGAUUUGUAAUAACGUUGUGGAAUAUAUGUUUUCCUGCCAGCCACAAACUGUAACAUAACCCCUUGGGAGCGAGAAAAGCUCCCGACAUUGGCGCAUUUUUAUUGCUUUCGACUUAAUUAACAUUCAACCUAUUAACCAGUAACACAUAGCGCUCAAAAUGCAAUAAAUACGCGUUGCCGUGUAUACUAGUUUUAUUCCAACAGAUAGUCAACUCACGUUAAAAAUGCGCCAGUGUGAUGUGAACUAGGGCUUAUUUAAAAUGUCUGUUUCGUUUGUAAUGCUCUUCAGUCUGUACUACCGUGGCAGUUUCGAGUUUAAUACAUUAAGGCGAUUAAUCCUCGCACACUAAAUCCUUCACAAUAAAAAUGUAAGGUGGCGCUAGUGUACGCGAGUUGUCAAUCAGUCGAAUUGGAAAUAUCUUUCCAGGCAAAAGCUAUGUAAUGUACUCCGAACUUUUCACGUAAGCGUAGACUGAUAAAUUCUAAUGCUAUAUUAAUUUACUGUGUACUGAAACAUUCUGAGACCUUUAUAAAAGCUACAAUGUAAAAUAUUUUAAAAAUGGAGGCAUUGAUUGUUGUCUUUAUCACACUUUUUGGUUUGAUGAACAGAUGUCAUUUGUUUUUGUAACAGUGUCUAUUCUUUCCUGUAUUAUGAUAUGAAUGUAGGUCCUUCUUGUGUGUACCUCUGUACAUAUUGAAUGGUAUGGUACAAAUCUGAGCGAGUUUGUUUCUUCUUGUAUUGAUGUGAUGAACAGGAUUAAAUGAACAUAUAAUUUUA